AAGGGGCAAAAGAAAGAGCCAAAUGAUGAAAUUCAAGAACCUUCAAGUUUGUGGUGAAAUUCAAGGACCUGCAAGUUUCUGAGCCAAAAGAUAUGCAAGCUUUCAGUUCCAACAGCAGCCAUGCCUAUGGCAUUUUCGUCGCGGUAGAGAAGAGAGGUUUCCCAGAUAAUGAAUCGCUUCCCAUUCCGAUUCCGAUUUCGAUUCCUCAGGUCUCGAUUCUUUUGAAUGUCCUCAUAAGCUACAACACUAAUUCUGAUAAUACUCUGCGUACCAGGGCUUACGAUGCAAGACUCGAACUUGAUCAUCCUUUUCAUUCAUUCAAGUCCAAUUCACGAGAUAUUAUAUCAAACAUGAUCGAUGCAAUGCGCAUUCCCCUCCCAUUAGACCGGCUCCGAUGGAAAACACAACGUUUUGGUGUCGGCAACACAGAGCCACUUGAGGGCGUUGAGGCUAUGGUAAGCAAAACAGCGCUUGUGGUUAGUGCCAUGGUGGAGAAUCACGCGGCUGCUGGACUUAAUAAGAAGCUGGGCAUUCUUUUUACAAUUGAGAAGCAACAAAUUCCAUAUCAAUUUCACCAAAUUCUGAAAAAUCACUUCAAGGAGACACAGUCACACAAAUCUAGGAGGGAUGAGAUGAACUCACGAAUACAGACCAAUAAUGCUCUGCUUGACCUUUCUUUACAUGGUGCUUCACAAGUCCGGGAGGGUUGGGCAUGGGAACUGAGGGAAGACUGGGACUCAAUUAUAUUAUCGGAUAGUGUUGUUAUGCUUUUUUCUGAUGACAUUCAUAAAUUGGAGGAGUCUCGAGAUAAGCUAUUGAGCCUUCGGGACAAUGGAGUGAGAUAUUGUACAGUCCUGCGCCUACUCUUAAAUCUAUUGGGACUAUACACAGGGGAUACCGACGAUGGCACAUUGAUGGAAGAGGCUUUGAGAGAGUCAUUAAAUCAAGAAAUGUUCAGACCAAUGUCUGCAACCAGAGCAUCAGUUGAGGCCUUGGAUAAGUUUGUGUUUGAUUGAGGGGUACUAAACGGUUCAAGCAG